AUGGACACGGCACGGCCAGACCAUGAGGAGGGGACAACGGUGACGAAUGGAUACCCGCCCGCAAAUGAAUACCUCCCGGUCCCAGGGGACGAGCCAGUCGGAAAGGUGAGCGAGGAGACGCAGAACUGGCCUAUGGCCCGCUGCCUGGCCUUGAAUGGGAUCCCUCGGGACAGCCCCAAGGCCGCCUGGGGAACCCCAGAUGGGCCGAAGGCUCUGCUGGCACCGGAGGAGGAGACCCAGGCCCGGCUGCUGUCCAAGAACCUGGGCGAGGAGACCCCAGGGGUCAAGGGCACCCUGGUGUCCCGGAUUGCGCUCUCCCCGAGGCGCUUUGUGGUGCUUCUGAUUUUCAGCAUGUACUCCGUGGUGAACGCCUUCUAG